AUGACGAAAGAAACGUGGGUGAAGAUGAUGUUCCUGGAUGGGUGCUUCAUCCUCAAGCACCUGUGCGACUAUGCGCUCGGCAUCAACGAAAAGGAGCUGCACCAGUCGAGGUGGGUACCGGCACAGCUGCGCAGCGACCUCACCUUGCUCGAGAACCAGAUCCCCUUCGCUGUGCUGCUGGCGCUGUUCGACCACCUGGCGCCACGGGACCUCCUGCCGCGCAGCGCUGACGAGAAGAAGAAGAGGCGCAGGCUGCUGGACAUGGCGCUCUGGUACAUGCUCAGAGGGCCCUUGUCCUUGCCCCCGGGGAAGAGGCCCACGGAUGAGCUGGGCGUGGACCCCGAGGUGCCGGUCGACCACCUGCUGCACCUGCUCCACGUGGCACACUGUGCCCAGCUCGACACCGCGCAGAGGCGCCGACGGCCCCCGGAGAGAGACCUGCGGGGCUGUGCCUCUGCCCUGCCGAUCCGGAUGAUGAGGCUGCUGCGGUGCCUGUGCAUGCUCGGCUAUGAGCACGGCCCGGGCGACACUAAACUCGACGGUCACAGCAUGGAGAACGUCCCGUCGGCGGCGGAGCUGAAGGCCAUGGGCAUCUGGAUCACGAGGACGACGACGACGACGACGGGGCCUGGGCCUCACCACGGCGGGGCGCUGCUCGACGUGCGCUUCAUGGAGGACCGCGUGAGGCUCGAGAUCCCGCCGCUGUACGUGGAGCAGACCACGGCGCCGCUGCUGCAGAACCUCAUCGCGUUCGAGCAGCAGGUGGGCGCCGACGACGGCGGCGACUACUGCACCACGUACGCCUUCCUCAUGUACAACCUCGUCAGCACGCGGGAGGACAUCACCCUGCUGCAGGAUCUCCGCAUACUGCACAACAACUUUGGAAGCGAUAAAAAGGAGCGAAGCAUGACCUCGGCGGGCGAACACGGAGAGCUCCGGUGGGGCGCGAGCGGUGGCGCGCGGGCGAACAAGGGCACAGGCCCAAGCGAGUCUGUCAGGCGGCCGCGAGCUCCGACGGAGGUCAACUUGCUGGCUGCCAUCUGCAUGCGGCUGGGUUGUGCCGCUAUCGAGGGGCACCUUCCGCGCGAGCCGGGCCAUGCCGCCGCCGGGGGCAUCGACGAGAGGGAGGGGGCCGUGGCCGAGGGCACCGGAGAGAGGAAGGGGCCGCCGUCGGUCAUCAAUUACUUCAAGAACUUGUGUGUGUGGAACCGGCGCAGCGGAUCGACCCCCAUUGACAAUGUGCUGAGAGAUCUGAGGAGAUGCAGAGUGUUGCAUGUGUACCGUGAUUUGGCAGAGGUGAAGAACUACAUCAACAGCCCAGUCAAAAUACUUCUACUCAUCAUUUCUGCCAUGGUUGCGUUGUCCACAGUCAUGCAGGCUCUCAUGGCCAUCCGACCACCAACCGGGCACUGA